AUGUUGGAAAAGUCUCUGUUGAGUUCUUUCCUUGGACUGUUUAUAAUCAUUGCAGCAAGCAAUGCUGAGCCCAUAUUAGAGGGUGCCUAUGCCGUUAAUCAGGCUAAGGUCAACAAGUUCAAGCAUCACGUGUCCGUUCAAAUCUUCGAUUCGGAAAACGGUUGCACUGACCACUCGUGCGAGGGUGCAAUACUCGACGAGCUGCACAUCAUCACCACCGCUUUCUGUGCCUUUGCGCAUAAAGAUAAGAAUUUGGUCGUCGUGGCCGGUGCGUUAGAUUUGCGCGACAAAGAGGCCGGCCUGUAUCACGAGGUCGAGUAUACCUACAUACCCAAAACUUAUCCUUAUCUGAAGGGUCGCGACGAAAUAGGAAUUCUGAAGUUGAAAAAACCGUUGCCCCUAGGCAGCGAUUCGAGAAUAGAGGCAAUUAAAUUACCCACCGCCGAUCAUUCGGUUGGACAAGGACUUUUUAUGACUGGUUACGGCUUUUUAAAACAGUACUUAAAUCGCACACUUGACUUUGAAUCAACGAUCAGUCCAAUUUUACGGUUCGAUGUUCAAACGGAAGUUUUCAAUCUUAAGGAUUGCGAUGCCAAUAAUAAGGAUUUCUGCACCAUAGUCCUUACGAUGGACUCAAAAGCGACGACUUGCAAUGCGUUCCAUGGCGCUCCGCUCGUCGAAGCUUCAUACGACUCGAAUAGACAAAUCGUACUUACCUUGGUCGGUGUUUUUAAAUCAUGGAUCCCAAAUUGGUGCGGAACUUACAACAAACACACCAAAGUUUCGGACUAUCUGGAUUUCAUCAGUAACGUACGAAACCAAGUUCUAAACGACGUGAAAUCUGAAAAGUUACCGACUGACGAUUAUCCGAAUAAGUUGCGGCGGUAUCCUCAGUGCAAACUAUAG